GACCCGUCCCUUCAGCAGCAGCAGCGGCAGCAGCGCAUCCUCCUGAGCUGGAGCCGGGAUCAGGGAUCCGAGGAUCCGAGGAGCUGCAACCCCAACAUGGACGGAGUGGGAUCGUUCGGAGCGGGCCGGACCGGGUCCACUAUCGACCCGUUAUCCUUCGCCAAGCAGCCGCAGACCAUCCUGAGAGCGCUGUCCUGGAUAUUUUCCCUGGUGGUUUUUGCCUGCAUUGUAAACGAGGGCUAUCUUAACAUGGGCAGCGAGCGUCUCCACUGCGUGUUCAACAAGAAUGCAGAUGCGUGUAACUACGGCAUGUUCGUGGGCCUGGUGGGUCUGCUGGCGUGUUCCUUCUUCUUCAUGCUCGACUACAAGUUCUCGUCCAUCAGCUCUGUUAAAGACAGGAAGAAAGCUGUGAUGCUUGAGAUUGGCUUCUCAGGUUUCUGGGCCUUUCUGUACUUUGUAAGUUUCUGUUUCCUGGCCAAUCAGUGGUCUCGGACCACGGCUGAUGAACUGCCACUCAACCAAGGAGCCGACGCAGCUCGGGCUGCAAUUGCCUUCUCCUUCUUCUCCAUAAUCACCUGGGCCGGCUUAACAGUGCGUGCGGUCCAGAAGUACCUGCUCGGUACAGAUAUGUCCCUGUUCACCUCUGAGCACAUGGAUGGCGGUGCACCCACUCAGCCAUACCCCUCCAACUCACCAGGAGAAGUUACCGCCGAGACCACAGAGACCUACCAGAGCCCGCCCUUCACCGAGAACAACGCAGCACCCACGUACCAGGUUCCCAUCUACUAGAAAGGAUAGACCUGACGGCGGGGAGAGAGAUGUAGAUGAGAGGAAAUUGCUUUCUGUGAUUUCUGUUCCAAGUGCAUUCGUUUAUAUGAGUUGAUUUGGGCUGUGUUUUCAGUAACUGUUGAAAAGAAAUGAAAAAAAGGCAGCCUCUGCUUCCUUUUUUUUCCCCCUCCUCUCGUUCACUGUCCUUCUUGAACAUUCCAGCUUUAUCUGCGCUUUUCUAGACCCGUUCUUUAGAAAUUCGGCGGUUUUUCGCAUCAGAGCAGGUAAAACAAAAAAGAAAAACAAGAGGAGAAAGCAGAAAAGGAGGCCAUUUCGAAGUAUUCAGACAAAUUCAGUCAAAAAAAAGAAAGAGAUAAAGAGAUCAAGUGAUUCCACGGCAACAAAGCUGUAUUAACAUACUGAAAGUAGAGCUGGGUGCGCUCAUACACAGCAUCCUCUUCUUUUUCUUGUGUUUUUUAAGUUCCUUUAUGUGUCAAAACCUCCCUUUCAUGCCAAAUAUUGCAGGGAUUUUCUUUCUUUCUUUUUUUUUACUUUUAUCUACUUUAGCAGCUCUCCUAAAGUUCCCUGCUGUGAUUACAGGUGAUCAUCUGCAUUGAAUUUGCAUGUUUCCAACGUAUAGAUGAACUAAGUGCCAUACUGUACUGCGUGUUUCAGACAGUGACGAAAUUCAGUAGAUUUCACAUGCUGUAAGAACCACAACAAUGUUUUGUGACCUAGUGCAAUAUCUCUCAUUCUUACGUAGGUAUAUAUAGAUUUAUGCUGUACUGUAUGUAGGCGAGUUGGCUUUUGGUUAGGUGAAGUUUAGGCACUGUCUCAAAUUACAUGCUCGUCUUUGAAUUGUGCUAACAAAUCUCAGGCAAAUUUCCAAAGUAAAAUAGCCGAUUUCUCUCCGGUAAAGUUUGCAAGGCAUUUUAGUUUCACCAAAUGAGAUGAUCAAAUAGUCCCUCUGAAUGAAUCAUGUGAUUAUUAUUAUCUUUUUACUCAUUCAUAUUGACGCAUCACUUUGAUCAGAAUUGUGAUUAAUUUAGGAAAUAUUAAUCCACACUGAGUCACUGUGCAGUCUGUUACAUUUCUGCGCCAAGUUUGAAUGGAUUAUUAGCUGGGACUAAUGCUUUCGUUGGUGGAAGUGAUUGCCAAUGUCUCAUGUUGGAAAGUCAAAAAGAUACAAAUGAAAACAAAGGGAUACCAUCUGGUCCUGAUUUGUAGUCUGGUAGUCUUACAUCUUAUCUGCAGGGCUUGAGGAGUCUGUUCACACGGGUCUAUUGUCUCUCGGUCUCAUCCACAGGGCAAGAGAGUGUACUGUAUACUGUACAUGGUGUGUUAUUUGAGACAGAGUCCUAUUCUGAGUGUUUGUAUAGAAUAGAAUGAGGCGGGUGAAGAUAUUUUGGAUAAAUUAGGUCAAUUUUUCUUUAAGUUUUAAAAAGCUGCCAAACUGCCCUGUGUUCUUAUUGCCGUCUUCUGCUUACCACUAUGUUGGUAAUAUCGACAGGAUCUUCAGGGGAAACAACAGAUGAGCUUUUAUUAAGGUUGGGUUGCUGUAAGGUUCAGUUAAGUCUCAGGCAAAAGAAGAAAAAAAAACACGCUGAGGAUCGCUAGCUGGUUCAUUCUGCCUUUGGACCUGGGUAAGGGUUGGGUAAUAAUUAGUUGCCAUGCUGACAGGGACUGGGGUUGGGUGGAUGUGGGUCACCAGUGACCCUUAUGUAGAUAGUAACAAUGCCAACUACGUCAAUGUAUUGCAGUAUCUCUGUGUUGUGGUUCACAUACACUCAUCAUCAGUGGAUUUCUUGUUUCGGUGCGUGUGAUCGUAUGAGUGAGUUCAUGUGCUCAUGCACAUGGAUUAGCAUGCAUGAGGGACUUACAGGCGUGCACAUUCAUGUGCAAAAGUGAGGAUGCAUUAAAUUAACUGACUUUUGUGCUGCAUAAAACUUUUUGUAUUUAUUUCUAUUUUUUUUAACAUGCAUCUGUUGCAGAGGAGAGGACUGGAUUCUGUUUAAGCAUUUAAUAAUUACCCAAACAUAAUUUUUUUUUUUUUAAGUCACAUAUUAUUAGAAUCACUGUAACAACAUCUGAAAUAAAUAGCAGGAAGCUUAGAAUUUUGUUUGCUUUUGGUGAAGGGAUUCAUACAGUAAAGGUUUGUGUAAAAUGAAUACAAUUGACCUAUACAAUGCCGAGCCUGCUCUCCCAACGGAUCUAGAAUAAACAGCGACAUCUGCAGACAAGAGGCGGUACUGUAGCAGGAGGACAGCUGGCGCUCUUGGAGCUUUAGAAAUAAUCAUGAUAAUAAUGCAUGAAUAUUAUGUAUAGAAUUUAUUAUACAUUGAAUACUCUGUACUUUUUAACUUGAUUCCAACUUGUUUUGAAAAGGUUUGCAAGCAGUAAGGUCAGCUAGUAAUAGUUUGUCAGAAAUGUGCCCAAACAACCCAGUUUUCCCAGCCUUGUGAUCCAGGUGAUCACUUAUAUACAUGUACAAGUGUGUAAAUGUGUAUAAUUUUAAUUAUCUUUAUUUUAUUAAAGCCAAUUGAACUUUCAUCAGGUAUAAAAAUUAGAUUAAAUGAAAAAAAUAAAUAAAUGAAAAAAUAGUGCAUGUACAAGACCUGUGGCCAGAGCUACAAGAUGCUAAUAGGCAGAUAUAAUGGUGUACAGGUUCUGUCUGUGUUGUAGUCAUGAAGAAAAAAUAAUAAACAUUAAAAAAAAAUAGUAAUGAAACAAGGAUAUACAUGUAAAUUAGAGACAUAUAGUCAUAAAAAAACAAUCCUUCUGCCAUUUAAGGAGAACCCCUCACACAGUUUUCUAUCAUGCAAGUUGACCCUUUGAUUUUCGAGACGAUUUGAGUGAUUUCAAAGCAGUCUUGUAAAAUUGAGUCAAGAUUGCUUGUUUUUCUAAUGUCUUAUUCUCCAGACUGUUGGUCAGCAUGUUGUUAGUUUGAAACUGAAAGAUAUUAAAGAUAUGAUUUUGUUUUGGGAGAGUGUAACUGUUGGAUUCUUGGUUAUUGCUGGAAAUUGGGCAGAUGGUUGGAGGUGUAAUGUAAGGUAAAAAAAAACAAACGAACAACAUGGGAUAUGGGUGGACAGGUGUUUGGGGCUGCAGCCAUAGUAGGUGCUGUACGGCGUGUGGGGUAGCACUAAGCCCAUUUGUUGGAGGUAAAGAAUCACUCAAACAUGUGUUUUCCACAUUUAUGCCUAUAAGGUGUAAUGUAUGGACCGCUAACAUCUGUACUUGCUAUUUUUAAAAGCAUGCCAUAUUUAUUGAUUGAUCGCCUCCCUUUAACUUAUCGGGCUCUUUUUACUCUGAGAUCCUACACCACUGCAGUUCUUAGGAAUCACCAAUAUCAUGCUAUUGUGCUGUUCACAUUGACCUAGCAUAACUAUAAAUUAAUGUGUGAAAUCAGACAGCAAGCCAGCAUUACAUGCAUGAGCUACAGGGUAUCACUUUCCGCUUCCAGAUUACCUGUUUCUACCCAGAAGAGAUGCCCUCAAGCCUUAGGCCUUCUGCCUAACCCUAAAUGGAUUAUUGGGGCAACGAUCUUGCUUUGGGCUUCACACAGAGGGUCCGGCAAUAUUUGCAUUGAAAAGACAUCUUUGUUAAGCUCCUCCCAUUCCAUUUACUGUACAAACUGCCAUCGUUUCCCUUUGGGUAUUCAGACAGACCAAACGGAAGCAGCCCCUCUCUGCACUAGUGUGAGAUUGCACACAGCAUGCCAGAGAGUAGACAUGAAGUAGGUUCUGGAGUUGAAACACUUGAACUCAGCUGUCCGGGGCAAUUGGGGAGUGUGGACAAGAGUUGAAGGAUAAAGUGCAGGCAAAGUGGAGUGGGUGUCGAAGGGUGUCAGUAGUUAUCUGAGACGGAGGAGUAGCAGCAAGAGGAAAAGCAAAUAUUUAUAUGCACAGUAGUGAGGCCAGCCCUUCUUGGAGACGGCAGCACUGGCCAUAAGACAGGAAGUGGACCUGAAGUUGGCAGGAUUAAUGGACUGGAUUAAGAACAAAUACAGCAGAGAAAUAACCAGAGUUAAACAUCUUGGAGAAGUAAGUGAGGCGAGACUGAAAUGGUUUGGACACAUAAAGAAAAGGGGAUAGUAAAUACAAAGAUGCUGUUGAUGAUGAUGAAGAAGAAAAACAAAGGGGAGAUUUCUGGGGAUGGUGAGAGAAGGUAGUUGGUUGCAGUUGGUUGGUCUGAAAGAGAAAAUGAAGAAGACGGGGUAAGAUAGAGGUGGAUGAUCCACUGUGGUGACUCCUAAUGGGGAAAGCUGAAAUAAGAUGAUUAAGAAGAAUAUGCAGGUUCCAGGGAAUCGACUCAGUGACAGAAGCAUUGUUGGUUAAGAGGGUCAUGUCCAAAGGUGCAUCAGUGAUGCCUUAAUAAUUACACACAAAACACUAAGGCACGAUAAAAACACUUCACUUCCAACUUCAAUGAACUGCAGGAAAAUGGAUUAAUAAAAAAAAAGUUCCCAUACAAACAAACAGAUGUGCUAAAACACAGCACACUAGCGUUGUGGAAUCUGCUGAGCGACAGCAGCGCUGUUGGUAGAUGUGGUGUGGUCCGCCAUGGCAGCUCCCCUUCACACACAGCUCUGCUGUCGACACAGAGGCGUAUCUUCCUGGAUAUCCGAUUCCACCUUUGUACGACUCACUGUAAACCAACAGGAAGCAAAAGCCCUUUUCACACUGGAGUUGCUUCAGAUCUUCACCAUCCAAAAAGGGGCGGCACAAAGCUGCAUCGAUGCAUGUUUACACAGCGUGUUGUUGGUAAAACCGUUGUUUUCCAGUCAUGCUGGCCUGCUCUUCCACCUUCCGAUCUGGCUUUAUAUCAGUGACACAUCAUCUUUGACCAUCAGCUUUGUACUAAUACAAAGGACAUUGAUGCACAUCCAAGGCACCUCUGCACCACCAUGGAGCAGGAGCUGCAUAAAAAGGCUUUUAAUAGAUUCCAACUAGGAUAUAGAACUGCUCCAACUGACCUGGGCACUUUUAACCCAGGUCUGUAUCUUAUUUGUGCUUCAGCAUUGACGGUGUGAUAAGACAAUGAUUUAUAGAUUACAAAAGAAAACAAAUUAAAGUAUUAAUUUGAUUCCCUCAGUGAUUUUGGCUUUUCCCGUGCUGGUUUUAAACUUAAACUAGUUAAUUCUACAGUAUUUAAACAUUAGUGACCAAAUCUACAUUCAUUAUCUUCCCCCUCGACAUAAAUCCGUUUACGUUUAUGGUCAUAAACAAGGUAAUGGCAGGUAUGAGGAAAAGGCAAUGUAGUCUUUUAAGUUCUCAUAAUUUAUCCCGUGGUAGGUACCAUUAAAUUUUGUUCUGGUUAGAUUGGGCUCAUCAUGGUGGUAUUUUAUAUUCUCCAGGUAUUAUUGGGUCAUUUUGGCUGCUUUCAGGUCAGGUUGUGUUAUUGUUCUCAAGUGUUUCAGUCUCUUCUUCGGUCAUUGUGGUUGGUGAAAAUAAUAUUAAUAAAACAAGCAUUCUCUGUGUUUCGUGCUCCGGCCCACGUGCACUACCGUGGUAUUGAUCGAUUGUAUGUACAAAUCUGUAUGUUUAUGAAGUUAAUGGAUCGUGUGUGUGACGCUGUCCAGGGUCUGCUUAGUCCUGUGCUGAUGAAACAAGAAAAUAUUCUAACUAUUAUUUAUUACCUAGAAUCCCCCCAUGUUGUCGGUGAUUCUUUAUGGACCACUUGUAAAGGGGCCAAAGUCAAAGAUUUCUGUGAUCAUUCUGUUGUUUUGUGAGACUGAGGUAAUAUUGAGGGUGUUGAAUUGUAUUGUAUUCAUGCUGGUGCCAUCAGUAGUGUGGUUUCCAGUUCAAUACAUUGCAUGGAUGUUACAAUAUAACCCCGUCCCUUCAUCCCACCCCAUGGUUAAUAUUGAUGGUUAAAAAAAAAAAAAGAAAAGAAAAAAAAGCCCAGAUUAACAGAUGCGCAAGCAAGCAUUGAUUUUGUAGCGUGCUACCCCUUUAACAUAUUUCUACUUGUUUUUUUUAUUUCAUUUUAUUUUGUAUUUAUGUUUUUUUAUCUCCCUGUUUAGAAGCCGAUCGGCCUCUUCAGUGUAAACUUGCUGUGUACAGAGAUGUGUGUCACUGUCUAUUACCUGAAUGUCUCUGGACUGCAGUCUGACUGUCACUAAUAAAGAAAAAAACAUGUUUUGGA